CUGUGUGGCGGCGUGAAAUCGAUAAAAGUGCAGUAGCGGAAAAGUGGAGGAGGAAGAGCAGCGACAGCGACGUUGUCCUGCUGGAUGAAACGGAGGAGUUCAUGGAUUUGUCGCCAGAUCAACUGGCUAAUGAACAUUUACACCUACGUCUGCUGAAGUGAACAAGAAGGAGACCAAACAUGGUGCACGUGUACAACUGCCAUCCGUUUGCCUCACAGCAGAUAGUGCAGGUGGAGCAAGAGCCUGGAUUGUUCUGUUGUGGAGGAGGAGCCCUGUUCGUGGUGGCUACCGGAGGAUGCAAGGUGGAUGCGUAUAAUCUGGAGCAGGAAGGCUGUCCACUCAUCUGUCGCUUUGGCACCAUGGGCACCGUGAAGAGCAUCCAGCACAGCAAGAUCGGUGACUACCUGGUGACCAUUGAGGAGAAGAACAGCUCCACCUACCUGAGAGCCUACACUAACUGGAGAUACCAGGCUGAAGAGAAAGCCCGCGUUGGGGUGCGCUUGUUGGGUCACCUGCUGCGCGGCGCAUCUGUGCGGGGCGGUGCGCAGAUGGAGAUCAUUGAGAUCCCUCUGUCGGAGCGUCCCAUUGCUGUGGCGUGUUGCUCUGUGACAGGAGACCUGCUGGUCGGCUGUGAGAACACUCUGAUUCUCUUUACUUUGAGGAGACAGAACCAGCAGAGCCUGCAGAAUCAAUGCCAGCAGAACCUUCAGGGAUCCUGGUCCAACAGUCAGCAGAGCGCCAGUCAGAGUCAAGGUCACCAAUCAAGUUCGAGCCACAAUCUUUCCGUCCUGGACUUUGAACGUUCAGUAAUUUUACAUAUUACAAAAAUGACACCCAAACAGGUGGCGCUAUGUGGAGGGUACUUAGCCGUGCAGGCAGAGCUGGAGGUGCUCGUACUAAAACUGGAUGCAUCUUCUGAGCCUACAUCUCUGGACGAAUCAUCGGACACCAGUAAAGAUGAUUAUCUAGAAGACCAAGCUGACCUUCUGCUCAUACCGAGGCAGCAGGAGUUGCUUGGUGAUCAAGCUCGAAACUGUGACAUUUCUGUCACCAUCGAAAAGACGGGACUGGAAGACAAAGGACAAUACACGCUGUCAUAUGUUCUUUUCAGGCGGUUUACUCCCGAGUUCUUCCAAGGCUGCAGUGUGGAGGAGACGCAGCUCCACUCCCUGCAGCUUUACCCACUUUUCACCAGUAACCAGUCCGUGUCCACGGAAGAACCAGCAUGUUUGUUCUGUUUCUUCUCCCUCCCCAAUGCCGGAUACCUGUACAGUCUGAAAAGUGGAGUGGAGCUGCUCUCGGCCUAUCAGUAUCCAGAGAGGGUGCAGGAGGCGGUGCUGAGCGACCACCUGCUGCAUGUCAUAACAAAGAAUGCGUUGCAGUGUUUCACAGUGCGCUGUGCAGCAGUAGCGGCCAGGACUGAAGACCCGUACAUUGAUACCACCAUGAAGGCUUGUCCACCCAACAGCCUGCAGGUGUGUGCGCUCAGGAUGCAGCUGUUUAUCGGCCUGCGCUCGGUGUGCGUCUACGGCCGCCAUGUUGUCCUGCUGUCUACGGUCGACACCGAGCCACGAGAGGAGGCCGAGCGCAGCACACAGCGCAGGAGUCUCGAGUUGAAAGAACCCACCAUGCUGACUGGUAUAUUCCUAGCGGUGGGAAUCGACCCCGCCACCACACCGGCUCUGGAGAGCCUCCUGUCACGCCCCUUCCUAGGCAGGAGGUGGACGAUCUCUUCUCCCAAAGAAACCAGCCCGGCAGGGAAUGGGUGGAACCUGUACGUGGUCGACACCGUCUCACCCCUCACUCUUUAUAAAGAGAUGGUGGAAUACAGUCGACAGUAUGCAGAAACCAACCCGCAGGCCCAAAGCCUUCAACACCUCCUCAGCGAAGCGCACCUCCUCCUCCGCGCCGCCUUACUGCAAACACCAGGUCAGCAACAGAACGACGACGGCACGUCGUCUCUGCAGGAAGACGCAUACAGACAGGACGAGGGUCAGACAGCUGUCCAGACACACAGACAGCAGCUGGAGGAGGCACUCAGGCAGAACUGUGCACAACUGGGAGACUGUUUCAGCAGGGCGAGUCAGAAGGUCUGUCACCUGGCUUUACCGUACUACAGGAUGUCUGGUCUGUCAGUCACAGAGGUCAUAGUGAGGAACCGCCCACUUCCCAGCAGCCCUCACUCCUAUGGCCUUGGCUUCCUGUUUUACCUGAAGCAUUACCUGUUAGAGGAAACGGAGCAGAAGCUCAGUCAGGAAUCAGCGGAUGAGGUCAUCGACAUUUUCAGCCGAUCGAGUCCGUCGGAGCUCCUCAGUGUAUGUGCCAGCCCGUCCAUGAUUAACGUCAGUCCUGCCCGCACGCUCAGAAUCUUACAACACCUGGAGGACACGGCUGGCGUGUCUGUGCCUUUGACCAUCGCCAUGGCAACCAUGGUGCAGCGUCUCAACGACCUGCCACAGUACACACAACUGAUGGAGAGGCAUGCUGAGAUGCUGCUGGUGUACGGUUUCAUUGAGGAGCCACGGCUGUUGCUUCACGGUGGAGGCGGAGCCCCGCGCACACACGUGCAUCCCACAGCACUGAGUCGCCAGCUGGCAAAGUCCCAGCCGGGCCUGCUGGUUGCCGGCAUGGUGGCUCUUCACGAGAACAACAAAGUUCAGCUGGAACAGGCUGAUCACAUAUUCAAGGAGCUGGGCUGUGAGAACUGCUUGCAGGUGGAUUUCUGGGAGGCGAUGCUCAUGGCUUCUUCACAAGAAACUGUCAUCCAGGAGCUUUUGUUCCGGCUGGCUUCUGUUUACAUCGAUCGACUCGUGGGCACAAACUCUGAGUCAGGCUCCAGCUUUCCUUGCACAUCUCAGAGACGCAGGUCCCUGAAGAGCACUGACGACCUGAUCAACUCGUGCUCCCAUUACGGAGCUCUCUACCCGUGGCUCAUUGUUCUCUGUCCAGCUCACACUACCAGCUGCCAACACCAGGAGGAGCUAUACAAACUACAGUCUCUCCUGUGUGGUCCUUCUUUGUCCAUUGGCUCCGUCCAACCUUUGCUGGAGCGUUUGUCAGAGGGAACCUUAUGGGGCUUCAGCCUGCACCUCCUCUGCACCACCAGAAGGGGGCAGUAUGACAUCAGCAUUGAGAAGUUGCUGGACAGAUGCCCUCAGGCCAUCAUAGCCUACGCCAAUCACCAUUUACAAGACAAAAACAUGGGGCUGUGGUGGCAGAAGCUUCUCCCGGAGCUUUGUGACAGAACAAGAGCUGCUGGAGAAAACAGCAUCCUACUGGCUGCUCUCAAAGAGACGCUGGUGGUGGUCGCCACGGAGACGAGCCCUGCACAGUUCCUGGAACUCAUACCAGACGAUGGCACGGCGUCGUACUUCCUGCCUCACUUGUUGACAUGUACUCAGAGACACUUGUUGGCCUGAGAGACACACACACACGUACAGCAGCCUUUGAAGGACACUCAGAGACACAAUAAUGCCCAUUCCCUGGCCCCUCUCCCUAACCUUAACUAUCACAACUCAAUGCCUAACCUUUGAAGAUGUGAGGAC